AUGAGUUUUGAACUUGCUAGUAUCAAUGCCGGUGGGUUGCAUAUGUUAGGAAUUCGUGGUAAACCAAUUAUGUCUGAUAUUCUAUCAAAUCUGGCCAAUCAAGAAAUUUCACUAGCAAUCAAUGAAACAAAACUGCUCUUUGAAAUUAAUCAAUAUACAAUUCGACAAUUAAAUAAAGAAGAAUUUCUUCCAUUAAAAGGUUUAAGUAUAUCCAUGUUUCGUCAAGUAUGGUUAGCACAUUCGAGAAAAGAUGGACGAAUCUACGUUAUUAAACGAAUAUUUAAAAAAUUCUAUGAACAGUGGAAAAAACAGAAAAUAUAUCAUAGAGAAGUAAGAAUGUUAGCCGCGUUCAAAAAUCCGUUUAUUGUGUCUGUGUUUGGCACUUUUGAUUUUGGUCCGUAUCAAUAUAUUUGUUAUGAAUAUUUAGGAGGAGGAACGUUGAAUCAUUUACUUGAAGAACGUUUAAGAUUAGACGAAGAAAUGAGUCAACAUAUAUCAGCUCAAAUUAUAUUAGCAUUUCAGUAUUUACACGGUUUGGAUAUAGCUUAUCGAAACUUAAAUCCCGACACAGUCGUAUUCGAUAGACACGGAUAUGUUCGUUUAAUUGAUUUUCAACUGACGCGUGUUAUUCAACCACAUACACAUGCACAAACAAUCAAAGGAGAUAUUUUCUACUGUCCACCUGAAGUUAUUCUUCGACUUGGUCAUUCACUACCGGUUGAUUGGUGGUCACUGGGCACACUAAUUUAUGAAAUGAUUGCUGGUUAUUCGCCAUUUUUUCAGAAUGAAGGACAUAUGACAUUGCGUGCGGCUGCUAAUGGGCAAUAUCGACGUUUUCCCUCUCAUUUUAGUGAAUCAGUAAAAGAUUUGUUACGUUCACUACUUGAACAGCAUCCAACAAGACGUUUAGGUAGCCAAGGAGGUGAUGCAGAAGAAAUUAAAGAACAUUUGUGGUUUCUUGGCUUUAAUUGGAAUGACAUCUAUAGUAAAGAUCCAAGAAAAGCUCUGUAUCGACCUCGAUUGAAAAAUGAUAACGAUACAACACAUUUUGAUUUACCGAAUCAAAAAUUAUUUGAUACAUUUUGA